AAGUCAGCGCGGGAAAGGAGGUCCGUGUGAUGACGUCUGCGGCCUCCAGAUGGCAGCAAAGCCCGCAGGUGGAAUCCUGCAGAAUCUAAAGAAUUUGAGGUGGUUCUGACGGUCCUCCGGGUUUGGGUCACUGAGAAUCCUCUGUGGUCUCUGAGCGGAUCUCCACUGUGGAUCACCAGAACCAACUAGAACUUCGUCCAGCUUUGAUGCUCGACGGUUUUUGGACCUCAGAACCAUGUUUUCUGGAUGAUUCCAGUGAAUGUCUCUUUGUGGUUCUACAGAACUAACCCGUCCAGAACCUAACCGUGUAGCUGCAGCUCACCGGGUGGAGGACAUCCGUCCUCAAGGGAAACAGGCUAAAGGCAGCGCCACCUAUGGCUUGUUCGGAGUUCUAAGAUGGCGGACCGGCGGCGAAGGAGGAGGCGCGCGUCCCAGGACAGCGAGGACGAGUCCGGGUCCGGGUCCGGUUCGGACAGUGGCAGGUCGGGCUCUCCGGCCUCGAAGGCGCGAGGGCGGGAGGUGGUUCCGGAGGUUCCGGCGGAGGUCCGCCAGGAGGCGAAGAGCGAGGAGUCCGAGUGUGAGAGCGAGGAUGAAGCUGAAGCUGUGCUCUCAGACUACGACAGCGCUGAGCCCGAGGAGAACGGCUCCCCCUCAGAGACUCUCUGGCCCGCAGGACUCGGUCCCGGCCCGCCGACCUGGGCAGCAAGCAGGCCUCCGUGGAGGAGUCUGCAGCGGGGAGUGCCUCCCCCAGCAGCGGGGGGGGUAAGGGCUGGGUGGGAGGAGGGGAGGGGGCGAGUCAGACGGUGGGAGGAGCCUCAGAGCUGGACGCAGACGUGGCCCGGCUCAGUCUGGCUGGACCAAACUGGAGUCCGAACCCGCCAUCGUAUGUACGCUCUGAGAUCAGAGGCCUGGGAAACCCUGUGCAUCUGCCCAACGCGGCCCCCCAGUUCUCCAACAUGGAGGACAUGGCUGCCGGCUCCAACCGGGCCAAACGGUACUCCUCCCAGCGCCAGAGGGCGGUGCCAGAGCCGGCCCCGCCCAUGCACCUAGGGGUCAUGGAGGGACACUUCUACGAGCCCAUGUCAUAUCAGGGACCAAUCUACACCCACAGCGAUGGCCCCGCCCCCAUCCCACCACAAAGCAUGCUGGUCCAGCCUGAGAUGCACCUCCCACAUCCAGGACUUCAUCCCCACCAAUCAGGUGGCCCCAUCGCUAACCCCACCCUCUACGGAGCCCCUCCUGUGUCGCUGUCUCCGGGACAACCGCAGCAGCUGCUGCCCCCACCCUUCUACCCUCCUCCGGGGGUAAUGACCUUCCCCUACCCCACCAUGUACCCCACCCCCCAGGGUCAGUCCCAGGUGACCUACGGCGGCGUGACGUACUACGACACCAUGCAGCAGCAGGCCCAGCCCAAGCCCUCGCCCCCUCGCCGCACCUCCCAGCCCGUCACCGUCAAGCCGCCCCCCCCAGAGGUUCCCUUCGCCUCAGAGUGACCCCACCCUCGGCGCCCAGCCUCAACCCCACCCUGGCCGGGCGCACCUGACAGGAGGAGCUGGGGGGAGUGGUCUGAGCUGAUGUUGGAAGGGGGCGGGGCCAGACUACAUGGAGAGAGAGAGACGAGGAGUGACCACAAUCCCCUCUGUGAUCAGUGAGGCGUUCGGUGUCAUCGGGACGACUUGGACUCGGCGGGCAGAGAGGCCGGUCACCACGGGUCAUCAGAUGACCUUCAGAUGACCUACCUGUGAGGGCUGUGCGGGCCGCACCUGAACGCAGCGCCAUGUGCGUUUGCUGUCGGUGUGGAACUUUAAUCGCUCGCUCCCCCAGGAAGCUCUGGUUUCCAGCUGCACUCGAACGCCUUCAGAUGGAGAAGACGCUCCGGUCUGAAACACUCAGCAGACGGGGGGGGGGGCAGGUGGCGCCGAGAUGAUACGUAAAAAUCUGAUUUCAUGUUUGGAACUAAAUAAAUAACCAGAUUAAUUUAUAAUCUAGCGGAGGACUGGUGCUCCGGGGGGCGUGUCCUAUGACUGUAUAGAGAGGCUAGCGUGGACGGGGGCGGAGCGUCAGCGGGGACCUGCGUUUAUUUAGAGAAUCAUCAAAGCUUUAGAUUCAGUUGUUUUUCAUAAACUUGUUUUUUUAUCUCCUAGUUUACACGGUUCUGUUGAAGUCUGAAGCGUCUGUGCUUUGAUGUCAAUAAAGUUUUUUUUGUCAGUCA